CUUUAACGACUCAUCAGAUUAUGAUCAAAAUAGUUCGAAAGUAGUUAUUCUAGCCCUUGGCAAACGAAGACACUAUAAAAGCAAAUCGAUUCCGUUUUACAAACAGAACCAAAUUGAAGACACAAUGAAAGCUAUAAUUGCUGUAAUCUUUGCCUUCGCCGUCGGCUGUAACGCCCUCUACCCUCUCCCCGAGCCCGUGGUACCCUCAGUCGUCUACGGAGUCCCCGAAGAGCCAAAAGCCGUCAUCACCCCCAUCACAACCGACUACGCUUACACUUUCCCAGCCGUCCAACCCGUCGAAGUCCACCACGAAGAAAUCGUCGCUCCUGCAGCCCCUCUGCUAACCGUCGAAGAACCCAAACCCGUUGUCGCCCCCGUGGUACCAACCUUUGUGCCACCCUUCGCACACCCAUACGCCUACCCAUACUCUCCACUCCCUCACUUCUACAGCAACCCAUUCCUCCCCAAUUACGCCCCCAGCUACCCCGUUCCCUUCCCCGGAAACGAACUUUUCGUACCCCCGCAAAUCCACGCCCCCAUCUAUGUCGCCCCCGAAGAACAAGUCGCUCCAGCACCGUUCUCUUAUGCCUAUUCCUACCCUCAUAUCACCACCCCGCAUUUGACCUACGCCGCCCCUGAACUGCACCAACCACUUGCUGAUUUGGCCGCCGCUCAAGUUUUGGUCUCUUCGUAUAAUUACACCGUUUCGGCUCCGGCUUUCCCCACUUUUGUGGGGGCAGCUCCUGCUGUUCUUCCUGCCGUUCCUGUGGCCCAUCAGGAGCCUCUUGUGGUCAGCUACGACUACCACAUUCCCCAAGUGGCUGAGAAGGUCGUCGUGCAGGAAAUUCCCGCUCCUGUUGUGCCACAGACGGUCUAUGGGCUCCCACAAUAAAUAGUAGAGUGUUUAACAAUUUUGUAAUAAAAUACUUCAAAAAAAAAAUA